UUCACUUCUAUUUCUUCCAAUCGCAUUAAUACUUGUAAAUCAGGACAGACAUGGCUAUGACAAUAAUUUCUCUCAGAAAAGGUACAAUUUGAAAAUAGAGACAGACUCACAAACUAUAUUAGUCUGUUUUUGAUUACUGCAACAAAAUACCUGAGGCAGGCUAUCUUAUGAAGAAAAGAGGUUUAUUUUGACUGAUAAUCCUGGUCCAACUGUGACGGUACACGUCUUUGCAUGACCUUCCUUGCUGGCAGAGUCCUGAGCAUCAUUUGGUGAGUGACAAGGAGCAAACAUGUAUGUCUCCUUGGGUCUCUCUUCCUCUGCUUAUAAAGCACUGGUAUUCAAUUACAGGAGUUCCACCCCGACAACUUUAUCUAAUCCUAAUCACCUCCUAAAGGCCCUCCAUAUUAACAUAUAGUGCAAUCAAGUUCCACCUCUUAGUAUAUCACAUUGGGGAUUAAAUUGCACACACUCAAGCCAUUUCGGAAUAAUAGCACAAUUACCUAACUAUAAUGAAAAGAGGAAUGAAUUUUGAGCUAUAGUCAGAAUAUGCACAUGAGCAAAAUAUUGUGUCAAUAGAAAGUAGGAAACAAUGUUGUGACUGAAAUAAAGGGUUGGAAUAGGGAGAGAGAGAGAGGUAGGCUAAACAGAGCUGGUGGCAUCUGACCAGAAGCUUCAGUCACAAGCAUGUUGUGUGAUAAAGUAUUCCGGGCUGAUAGAAAUAAGUCAGUAGAGCACUAAAGUGAAGAAAAUGCAAGAUUUGUUCAGGAAUUAGGAGUCCAAAUGUUGCUGAUGCACAAAGAUAUGUAAUUAAAAGGGUAUAAGCCUGGAUAUUAAACUUAAUAGCUUACAACUUAUUUAGGCAAAUUUUUUAAAGCAAUGAGUUAGUGAAAUAUUUGGCCACUGCCCAAACUUAACAUUGUCGUGUGCUGUAGUAAAUGCACUUGGAACUGAGUCAGUAUUAGAGCUGAUGCACUUUAAGUCCCUUGGGAGAAGCAAAUGCCAAGAUUAGAGGUCAUUAUAGCAUCUCUGGAGCCAUAAAACUGGAAUUGGAAAUAUCCUGAAAGACUUAAAAAGAAAGCCAUCAUAAUUAAAGCAAGUUUUAAAGAGAGUAAUUGAUGGGACAUUUGCCAGCUUUGAAUUAAUGAAAUUCAGUCUUAAUUUUUAAAAGUGCUGGUUGUAGCAAAAUGAAACGAUCCUUCUUCAAUAAAGUGUGACAGUAAUGUUAUCUCAUUAUGAUUCAUUUGAAAUUUGGGUUCUUACCAACUGUAAUGGAUUUGGUUGGUUAAGAAGAAAGUGAUGGUUGCAAAUAAUGUUGCUAUCAGUCGGGCACCUCCUGACUCUAAAUUAGUGAAAUGAAAGGCAUUGUUCCCAUUUGCACCUGCCUUCCAUGCUUUCAGCCUUUGUAUUAAUAGGAUUUGAUGUUAAUUAAUCCUGGAAUCAGGAAACUAAACAAUAAAUUAUGAAAUAUCUGAAAGAUUCUACAUUCCAGGUUUUUGCUUUCUGCUUGCUCAUGUGCUUGAGUGCGUGAGCACGCAAAGGAAUGGCUGCUUUUAGUGAAAUGGGAAGGUAUGAGAGUUAUUGAUUGGGUUCUUCCUGACAUUGGCUGUGUAACAAACCUGUCAUUUCUCCAAGUGGUGAAUCAUGUUGACAGGAUGCAUUAUAUUUUAUAAGCUUUUUUCUUCAUCCAGAACAUUUGUAAUUGAGGCACACUUGCCUUUUAAAAGUGAGCUCUGCUGCAUUCAACGGCCAUUGAAAUAUCUGACCUGACUGGGAUAGCGCAGAGGAUUUAACAUGAACAAGAUCUUUUCAACCCCAAUGUGCUUUGGAUUCCUUUCUUUCUUAUCUGUAAUGAUCCUUUUAGAAUCGGUGCAUGGAAGACCAUAUCUAAUCCAAGGAAAGGACUUGUUUCCUGAUAAAGAAGAUACAAACAAUGAAGAAAUCUUGUUGGCUCUGCUGAAUAAACAUUUUGAUUUCCAAAGAGCUUCCAACAUUGAUAUAGAAUUGGCUAAGAAAUUGGAAGAACUUAACCAGCUGGAAAAGCUAAAAGAACAGCUCCUGGAGGCAAAGCGUGCUAAGAUGUCCUAUGCUAUGGAUGACUUAUCCUCUUUACAUCCUAACAAGCGAGCUUGCUUUUGGAAAUACUGUGUCUAAAGCUUUCUCUGGCCAUAAAAACCACGGGAACAUUAGAAAAGGAUACACAUUUAUUCACUCUACUGCUUGAGUACUAUAGUUGUCAAAGCAUAAAGAAACUGUGGCAAGCAUAAAGAAACUGUGGCAUUCAUUUUAUGUAUUUUCUCAGUUUGCUUACUUGUUACUAAGGAGAUUAUAAAAUGCUUAAGGCUUAGGUUGUGAGUAAUGACAAAUCUGUUGCAGUUUUGAAUGGCAUCAGAUUUUCAAAUGACUUUGUAAAGCUAAAGUUGAGAGUGUUGUAUGUAUUGUACACUUCCUGUUUAAACUCAUUAUUUGCUUAUAGUUUGCCCUACGAUGACUACACAAUUGAAAAUUAAUUAAAAUAUGUUAAAAAGCAUCUUGGAAAAUGAAAAAAUUAUAUUACCUCAAUUUGUGUGGAAAAUGUGCAUUUUACUUUUGCUCUUAAUAUUAUGGUGGUAACCCUCUUUUUUGUGUUUUUUUGAGACUUGACAUUGAGUCUGCUACAACAAAUGAAUAUGUAGCUAGCAAGCAGAAAUUUAUCAUUUAUUGGGCUCUAUCAAAGAUAAAGAAAAUCUAAAAUCUAAAAAUUUGAGAGAAAGUGUUAAUAAAACUUUCUUACAGAAUGAUUUGCCUUUUGGUUAUUUAGUUUUUAUUUCUACUACUUCCAUAACAUCAGAAACUAUUUGAGACGGUCAACAUGCUUUCAAGAGAUUAUAUCUAACAUGUUAAAAAAGCAAAUACAGGGGCAGGCAUUUGGAUUGGGGGUUGAGGUGUUGGGUGAAACACUUGUGUCUCAAAUCAGAGUAACUGUGUACAACGCCUGACUUUGGCUCCUGAUUCUUGUUCCCUGCUUUAUCAGUCCUUGGAAGAUGGUGAUGGCUCAAAUAAUUGGGUUCCUGCCACCCACCUAGGAGUCCUGGAUUCAGUUCUGACCAGUGCCCAUUGACAGCAUUUAUGCAGUGAGUCAGUGGAUGGGAAUCCUUUCUCUCUCUCUUGUUCUCUCUCCCUCUUUCUUAUCUAUCUCGAUCUUGAUCUCUAUCUCUAUAUCUUCUCUUCUCUUUCCUAUCUCCUAUCUUUCUCCUUCUCAAAUAAAUUGGUUAAAAUAUUAAGAAACAAAAUCAAGCUCCCUGUCUCUCUCUGCCUCUCAAACGAAACAAACAAAACCACAACAAAAAUUUACAAAAAAGACGCUUCUUGAUUUUCCCUUUAGUUUUUUUAAUCCUUUUAAAGAUUUAUUUAUUUAUUUAUUUGCAAGUCAGAGUUACACACACACACACACACACACACAAAGAGAGAGAGAGAGAGAGAGAGAGAAGAAGAGGCAGAGAGAGAGAGAUAGGUCUUCCAUCACUCCCCAAUUGGCUGCAAUGGCCAGAGCUAUGACUAUCUGAAACCAGGAACUUGGAGCCUCUUCCGGGUCUUCCCAUGCGGGUGCAGGGGCCCAAGGAAUUGGAUCAUUUUCUACUGCUUUCCCAGGCCAUAGCAGAGAGCUGGAUGGGAAGUGGAGCAGCCAGGGUUCAACUGGCGCACAUAUGGGAUGCCAGCACUGCAGGCGGUGGCUUUACCUGCUAUGCCACAGCGCCGGCCCAGGCUCUCUAGUUUUUGAUUCAAAAUUAUUCAUCAAAUUACUCUUGCUUACACAUGAACAAGCAUAUUUAAUCAAUCUGUGGCUGAGAGGUCAACCUUUGAUGAUUCUUUCUUUCAGGAGAUAUCACUAAAUUACUUUUAAAAAUAAUUCACUUCAAUAAUUCCCUAAAGCUAAAUAUAUAUUGAAUGUGCAAUUAUAUAGACGUUUUGUAAUGUGGUAAAUUUUAGGAUGAUAUAUCCAAAAUUUAAUCUCCUUCAGGAAAAUUUGGUUAUGUUGAUACCAGAACUCAGAAAUCAUUUGCUGUAUAUGGAACAAAAAAAUGUAGGUUAUUAUUUUGAAACUAAAUGAAAAAAAAAAACUUUGAGUUGUUGAAUUUCCUAUGAAAUGUAGUUGGAUUUCAUAGUACACAAUGUAUUGGACAAAUAAAUGAGAUGACUCAUCAUAUUCUUAAUAGGAAUUGUGUCUUAAUUUACUGUAAUGCUUAAAGGAUAACUUAUUUAAAUUUGAUAUUGUUGAUUUAUUUUCUAAUCUAGUGAUAAGAUUAAAAAAUGAAUUAAAGAGUUGUAUGCAGGGAAAAUAUUUUUCUUUUUUUCUUCAUAGAAGUCUUGUAUAUGGGUUAUGUUAUGAAAAACACAUACCAUCUAGAAUACAGCAGGAAUCAAUAAGUUGUGACCUCUUACUCCAGUUAAAUUCUGAAUUAAAAAAUGAAGAAUGUAGAAAAUUAAUGAGUUUAAUACCAUUUCAAAUCAUUGCCAGGAGAAAAAUUUAGGCUAAAGUUGAUUUGUUUUAACAAAGUGUGAAGCAGCACCCAGUUGGAUUUGAAACUUACACAUACUCAAGGAAGGAACUUCCCAGGAAGAGACAGCAUGUAUGUAGUUCAUCAGAAGACUGGGCAAAGGUGGAAACUGAUCAUAACUUUUUUUUUUUUUUUUGACAGGCAGAGUUAGACAGUGAGAGAGAGAGAGAG